CCAUGUAUUUUUGAGUGACGUUUAAGAUGACAUCUUCGGCGGAGGUUAUGUCCGGAGAAAAUAAAACUGAAGAUUCUUCGAAGAAGAAUUUAUGGUCUUCGAUCUUGAACGAUGUCCAGACCCAUGGCAACCAGAAGCUACCGUCCUGCAAGCAAGUCGUCGUUUUGGGCGACAACGAAUCUGGAAAAACAACUUUAGUUGCUAAACUUCAGGGCGUCGAAGACCCGAAGAAGGGUUCCGGUCUGGAAUACGCCUACAUAGAUGUCAGAGAUGAUUACAGGGAUGAUCAUACCCGCUUGAGUGUGUGGGUUUUGGAUGGAGAUCCAGGCCACACUGAUCUCUUGAAAUUUGCAUUGAACAAUGAGAGCUUCCAGCACACUCUUGUUAUACUCACAGUCACAAUGACUGCACCAUGGGGUAUUUUAGAGCAAUUGCAGCAUUGGGCUUCAGUCCUUGCUGACCACCUUGAUAAACUUAAAUUGGAUUUUGAUAGCAGACAAGCCAGAAGGCAACACAUUAUCAAAAUGUGGCAAGAGUAUGUGGAACCUGGGGAUGAACUGGACCCCUCUUCACCUAUGAAGAGAAGUUCUAGGAACCUGGGUGAUCCAGAUGAUAAUGACAUUGAUGAUAGUUUACCAUUACCAGAAGCUACCCUCACCAAUAAUUUGGGUUUGGAUAUUGUAGUUGUUGUGACCAAGACAGAUUAUAUGCAAGUUUUGGAAAAGGAACACGACUACAAGGAUGAGCAUCUAGAUUUUAUGCAGCAAUGGAUUCGUCGCUUCUGCUUGCAGUACGGAGCGGCACUUUUCUAUACAAGCGCUAAGGAAGAUAAAAAUUGCGAUCUUCUGUACAAGUAUUUGACCCAUCGCAUCUACAGUCUUCCCUUCAGAACUCCAGCUUUGGUCGUCGAAAAGGAUGCAGUCUUCAUACCGGCCGGUUGGGAUAACAUGAAGAAAAUUGCUAUACUGCACGAAAACAUGCACACCUGCAAACCGGACGACUACUAUCGUGAUAUUAUCGUACAGCAAGUCACUAGAAAGACUGUGACUCGCGAAACUGAAAUAUUAGCCGAGGAGGAACAGAACUUCUUGACUAGGCAGCAGCAGACCCUUCUGGCUGGAGGAAGUUUGGCCCCACCCGGCAUGAGGAUUACGGAAUCUCCGCGUACCUCGGGCAUCGGCAAAGUCAAUUCCCGUUCUCCAGUGACCCAGGGCAUCCAAGGAUCUCCGAAAAAGCUCGAUGGACCGAAAGUCGUUAACUCACCGGGCGGAGAGGGCGUUCUGGCAAACUUCUUCAAUUCGCUUCUUAACAAGAAGCCCGCAGCAGCUGGAGGAAACGUUUCCAAGUUGAACGUAUCAGAACCGGAGAAAGCGGCGAUGAGAUCCGACGCUGCGGCCGAGUUGGACCGAUUGGCGCGCGGCACCAAAACCAGCGGCGUCGACUUCAACACAUCCGAUUGUUAAAACAAACGCUAGCUUAUUUUAACUACAACUAAUUGUCUAAACGUAAAUUAUAUGGAAUAAAACGUCAGGUUUAGAGAGUAUUUAUGAAAGAUGAGAAAAAAAUAUACAUAACGGGUUACACAGUAGUUUCCAAAACUAAAAUUUAAAAAACAAAAAUGAGAAAAAAAAAAUCCUCACCGAGCUAAUUAUAAUUAGGAUUUAUAUAAUUAAUUUAAAUUGUCGAAAAUAUAAUCUGUAAACGCUUAUUUUAAUGCUUCUUUAUCUUA